AGAAAAAGAGAAGCAGAUCAUCUGCUCAGCAGUGUUAUUGGAGGGAAGGGCAGGAUCUGCUCUGCCGAAGAAUGUAAUGCCCUGUUGCUUCUAGUAUCCAGUUUUUGGAGUUCUAAUUUACUUCCCCAAUAAAAUUGCAUCAGGAAACACCAAGAGGAGUAUGUCACUAUGUUGAAAUCAGGAGAGAUUAAAUAUGAGGAUGUGGUGUGUGGAAGCUCCAGUUCUCAGAAAACAUCCUCUGCUACUCUCCACACAAACACAUCUUGCACACAAACAAAAAACAGACGUAAACUACGCCAGCACACUCAUACAGGAGAAAAACCAUUUCACUGCUCAGAGUGUGGGAAGCGUUUUAAGCAUCAGACUAAUCUUCAAAUACACCAGCACACUCACACAGGAGAGAAACUGUACCAUUGCUUGGAGUGUGGCAAGCGGUAUAGUAGACAGUGUGAUCUCCAAAUACACCAGCGCAUUCACACAGGAGAAAAACUGUAUCAGUGCUCAGAUUGUGGGAAGAGUUUUGCUAGACAGAAUCAUUUCAAAGAACACCAGCGCAUUCACACAGGAGAGAAACCAUAUUGCUGCUCAGAGUGUGGGAAGAGUUUUAGCACAACAAGUCAUAUCAAAGCACACCAGCGUGUUCACACAGGAGAGAAACCGUAUCAGUGCUCAGAUUGUGGACUGAGUUUUGCUCGACAGAAUCAUUUCAAAGAACACCGGCGCAUUCACACAGGAGAGAAACCGUAUUGCUGCUUGGAAUGUGGACGCAGUUUUGCAAGACUGAGUUAUCUUCAAGCACACCAGCGCAUUCACAGAGGUGAGAAACUGUAUCACUGCUCAGAGUGCGGGAAGGAUUUUACUACGCAGAAAAUUCUCAAGAAACACAAACGCAUUCACACAGGACAGAAGCCAUAUCACUGCUCAGUGUGUGGGAAGAGUUUUAAUGAAAAUAGUUCCUUGCAAAUACACCAACGUGUUCACACAGGAGAGAAGCCGUAUCACUGUGCUGAGUGUGGAAAGAGAUUUACUGAUCAGAGUACUUUCCACAGACACCAGCGCGUUCACACAGGAGAGAAACCGUAUCAGUGCUCAGAGUGUGGGAAGGGUUUUACUAGACUGGUUUACCUCCAGACACACCAGCGCAUUCACACAGGGGAGAAACCGUAUCAGUGCUCAGAGUGUGGGAAGAGAUAUACUGAUCGGAGUUAUCUCCAAGCACACCAGCGCAUUCACACAGGAGAGAAACGGUUUCAGUGCUCAGAGUGUGGGAAGAGUUUUACUAAACGGAGUUACCUCCAAGCACACCAGUGCGUUGACACAGGCGAAAAACCAGAUCAGUGUUCAGAGUGUGGGAAGAGCUUCAGGCAUUUGAGCCUAAAGAGACACAAAUGCAUAAAGAGCAAGGUAAAAACUUUUACUUACACAAACACGUCAAGAAAUAUCACCAAGAGAAAGACAAUGUUGAAAUCAACAGAGAUUAAAUGUGAGAAUACAGCAUCCAGAAGCCCCAGCCCUCCAAAAACAUCUUCUCCUACUCUCCAAACUGACAUAUCUCAUGGACAAACAAAGAAAACUACAGGAAAAGAAAGAACUCACCAGUGUUCGAACUGUGGGAAGAGUUUUACUAGACAGAGUCACCUCCAAAGACACCAGCUCAUUCACACGGGUGAGAAACCGUAUCAGUGCUCCGUGUGUGGGAAGAGUUUUACUAGACAGAGUACUCUCCUAACUCACCAGCGCAUUCACACAGGAGAGAAGCCGUAUCACUGCUCAGAGUGCGGGAAGAGUUUUAAUCGACUGAAUAAUCUCCAGAUACAUCAGCGCAUUCACACAGGACAGAAAUCUUACCACUGCUCAGAGUGUGGGAAGAGUUUUACCCAGCAGAGUAAUCUCCAACAACACCAGCACAUCCACACCGGAGAGAAACCCUAUCACUGCUUGGGUUGUGGGAAGAGUUUUAAGGCACUGAGCACUCUCCAAUCCCACCAACGCAUUCACACAGGAGAGCGACCGUUUCCAUGCUCAGACUGUGGGAAGAGUUUCACUAAGCAGAGUCAUCUCCAUACACACCAGCGCAUUCACACAGGACUGAAAGCGUAUUACUGUUCAGUGUGUGGGAAGAGUUUUAAUCAACACAGUUCGCUCCAACAGCACUUACGUGUUCACACGGGAGAGAAACCGUAUACCUGCUCAGAUUGUGGGAAGAGUUUUACUAUACAGAGUAAUCUCAGAAUACACCAGCGCAUUCACACAGGAGAGAAACCACAUCUGUGCUCAGAGUGUGGACAGACUUUUACUAGACUAAGUAACCUCCAAAGACACCAGCGCACUCACACGGGAGAGAAGCCGUAUCACUGCGCUGACUGCGGGAGGUAUUUCAGAGAGAGCGGUACCUUCAGAAAUCACCAGCGUACUCACACAGGCGAAAAACCGUAUCAGUGCUCGGAGUGCGGGAGGAGUUUUACCGUACAUAGUAAUCUCCAAAUACACAAGCGCAUUCACACAGGAGAGAAACCCUAUCACUGCUCAUUGUGUGGAAAGAGCUUCAGGCAUUCAAUUUUAAAGACCCACAGAUGCAUUAGGGAGGAUUUUGUGCUGCCUGCUGGGUCCAGAAAAUAAAAAAAGUCUAUUUCAAAUAUUCAUUUUUUGACAAAUUUUAAAUGCGUUGUUUUUGGAGAAACAAAAUAAAGUAGACUCUCCCCAGUGUU